AUGUCUCAGCCGUCAUUGGCAAUUCCGCUGAGGUCAUCGAGUAUGAAUGCUCAGACCACAGGAAUGCGAACGAGCAACAGGAGUCAGGAGAACCUGAGAUGCGAGAAAUCAUCGAAAGCCCACAAGAUCUUGGGAACGACAGACAUCUCAUUUCAGGAACAUAAGCAAGAUGACACAAGGAGAAAUAUCCGGGCCAGUUUCAUGAGAACAUCAGAAAACAAAUCGACAAAAAGCGGCACAUUCGUCCCUUUUCCGUCGGGCAAUCUUGACACAACCCUACCAUCCCAGCACCUUCGCGUCAGAGCAUCGUCCCCGCUUUUGGGACAAGAGUAUCUGUCUCAAGAUGUUAGUCCUCCUCUUCCGAAAUCAUCGAAGAAAAUCCAUCAGUUCGGGUCAUCGUCGACUCUUUUCUCCUAUUUCAGUUCGAGAGAACCCACCGGUGAGCAGAGUUCGUCACAUUUGAGCACCGGGGCAGCAGCAAGGAGUCCCGAGUCGCAACAGGGUGGUGCCAGUCCGGGCCGAGGAUCAAAUAUAGAUUCAAGAAUGAGCCUAAGGCCAGCCAAAACACCCGUCAAGGAAUCAAAGCGGAAAAUGCGGCCACCAAGGAUUGAUCUUUCUCUAUUGUUUCCCAAACCGCGAGAGACUGCCGCGCCUCUUUUGUCCCCGCAGCGCCUGACGAGCUCUCCGUCUCCAAUCUCGGUGACUUCUGAAUAUCCUUCCACUCAAAUGAAGAGACCAGAACCGCCUACAGUUGUGAAGCGACCCACGAAAACAUCACCCACACGAGCGCCUGCCGGUCAGCUAGAUACCCUGCAGGAGAACGAUAACGCAAAAAUAACCUCAGCAGUUCGUGAGUCAAAGAAUAUGGAUUACUUGGGCGCGGCCUUUGAACGAACAGUGAGGACUAGCGAAUUCGAUAUGGCCCUCGACAAAUAUUAUGACGCCAAAAGUCUCAAGUCCAUCAAAUCAGCGCAAUCCGGGCCAUCUGUCUUGAGUUCACAAAGCCCGGGAAAUACGCGAGCCCCUGGUCCCAAAUCCAGAGAGAAAGCGUUGCGGAAGAUGUCGUCCAGUGGCUCUGUUGGGGGCUGGAGCAAAGAAACAUACUUGUCUCCAAAAAAUUGCGCCUUUCCAAGGCCAAACCACAAAUCAGACUCGUCAAACACACGCAAGUCUGCCUCGCGGGAAGACUCGGCCGUCGACAAGGGAUUAAUGUCAAAGAAAAGCAGCAAGAGCACAUUGAGGAAUGUCGAUUUAAACAACUCCAGCGUUCUGUGCCUUUCAUCCUCGGAAGAUGAAAGCGAUGGAGAUGAGGCGCCAAGCAAGAACAUAGGCGAACCUCACAAUCUUACAGCAAGAGACAGCUUCGUCACAUUUGAAGACGAGUUUGACGCAGAGAUCUGUAUGGCCUCCGCCGCACAAGCCACACGGGCCUCGACAUUACGGCGGGUGGACGUAUCCAAGCUGUCCAGCAAGGGCAGCUCUCAGAUCCUCCCGAACAACUCAUCUGUCCAUCGAAACCCAUCAAUGUCUUCAGCGGGCAAAUUAUCUUCUGCGACAAAGAAAAGCCGAUCACGUCGGUCAAGCGGCAUACCUACCAUCUCCGAGCCUGAUAACGAUGAUAUCUUCAGUCAAUUCAGGAAUCCGCCCCUAUCUCAAAAAGAACGCGAUAGGAGAAGUCGAGUGAUGGCAGUGACAAGGCAAGAAGAACAUCUCCUCGAGGCGAUGAGACAGCGGAAAGGGAAGAUCACUCCAAGUAUAUUUCAGCAGGCACAGUAUAACACCAGCCUGGAGCCUGACCAGGGUUCAAUGCUUUCCUCGCCUUCCCGUGACUCUUUCUACGGUUCGCACACCUUCUUGCGAUUGAGUCCCGGGCUGCCACCUCAGCGUCCGUCACGGGCAGAUCAAGGUGCAACCUACCAUGACAAGGACGGUACUAUUUCUCAGGGCGCUGCUUCUGAUGCUGAACAGAAAACGAUCAACUCAGGUCGCGCAAGCGUGGCGUACUCUGAAAGCCUACCAUCUCCCGCUACCAGCGGGGCAUCACCGCUGACCCCGACACUGCCUAUACACCGAUUCUCACCCCUUCCAUCACAGAAACCGCCCCCACGUCGUCCUCCUCCCGCCGUGCCUCAGGCUCAGAGAAGGCACUCCAGAAGACGCACAGAUAGCAGCGAGGCGAUUGCCUUAGACGCAGCUGAAGAGUCGGGAGAGGGAAAUGAGUUUCCAAUUUGGGCACUUGACUGGAACCAAGCCAGUCGCAGUUUAGCUGCUGUACACUAG